GGUUGCAGUUACUUUUAAAAGAGGGAGAGUGUGGGUGAUGCGGUGGCGGGACCGACGGGGGACCGGGCCGUGCCGACGAGACACCGGAAGGGUUGGUUACGGGAGCGUCGUCGUCUAAAAAAAACAAAUCAAGCCCCGGGUCGACACGUGCGCCCGCUGCGCGGUGAAUGUGGCCCGGAGAUCGGCGGACGCAGAGGGAGAGAGCCUGAGCCUGAGCCUGGGCCAGGGCCAGGGCCAGGGGAGGCCGGGUGCUGCGUUAUCGGACCGGGCCGGGCUUGGGGAGGCCAAGGCAGGACGCCAUGGCUGCAUCCAACUACGGCUGCCUCAACCGCGCUCAACUGACCUUUGAAUACCUGCACACCAACUCAACCACUCAUGAAUUUCUUUUUGGAGCUUUGGCUGAGCUGGUGGACAAUGCCAGAGAUGCAGCUGCUACAAGAGUGGACAUCUAUACAGUAAGGAAUGUAGAUUUGCGAGGAGGAUUCAUGUUAUGCUUUUUGGACGAUGGAACUGGGAUGGAUUGCAAUGAAGCUGCCAGUGUGAUCCAGUUUGGAAAGUCUGCCAAAAGAACCCCAGAAUCCACUCAGAUUGGACAGUAUGGAAAUGGGCUCAAGUCUGGCUCAAUGCGAAUAGGCAGAGACUUUAUUUUAUUCACAAAGAAAGAGGAUACCAUGUCCUGUGUUUUCCUUUCGCGAACAUUUCAUGAAGAGGAAGGGAUUGAUGAGGUGAUUGUUCCACUUCCUACAUGGAAUUCCAAAACAAGAGAGCCCAUGACUGAUAAUCCUGAGAAAUUUGCCAUUGAAACAGAACUUAUCUACAAAUAUUCACCAUUCAAGUCUGAGUCAGAGGUGAUGGAACAGUUUGAUAAAAUCAAAGAAAAUAAUGGGACUUUGGUGAUAGUUUAUAACCUUAAACUGAUGGAUGAUGGUGAACCAGAAUUGGAUGUUACUUCUGAUCCUACUGACAUUUUAAUGGCAGGACCACAACUUGAAGGCGUAAAACCAGAGCGGCGCUCUUUCAGGGCAUACACAGCUGUCCUGUACAUCGACCCUAGAAUGAGAAUUUUUAUUCAGGGUCAUAAGGUCCGGACAAAACGGUUGUCUUGCUGCUUGUUUAAACCAAGGAUGUAUAAGUAUACAUCAAAUCGGUUUAAAACUCGUGCUGAACAAGAGGUGAAGAAAGCCGAGCACCUGAUGAAAAUAGCUGAGGAGAAGUCACGGGAAGCAGAGAGCAAAGCACGGUCUUUGGAAUUGAAGUUGGGUGGUGACUUGAGCAGAGAAUCUAGGAUUCAUGUGCGACAGAUUCAGGAUGCUGCAUCCAAUCUAAGAAGAGAAGCUGACGUGAAGACGCGAAUACAUGAAGCCAAACUCCGAGCUUUGAAGGAGCCAAAGGAGAUGUGUUUUAUUUUUGGUGUGAAUAUUGAGCACCGUGACCAGGAUGGAAUGUUUAUAUAUAACUGCAGCCGUCUCAUAAAAAUGUAUGAGAAAGUGGGUCCCCAGCUGGAAGGAGGAGUUGCCUGUGGUGGAGUAGUGGGUGUGGUAGAUGUCCCAUACCUGGUUCUGGAGCCCACUCACAACAAGCAGGACUUUGCAGAUGCCAAGGAGUAUCGGCAUCUACUGAGAGCCAUGGGAGACCACCUGGUGCAGUACUGGAAAGAUAUUGGCAUAGCACAGAAGGGAAUAGUGAAAUUCUGGGAUGAAUUUGGCUAUUUGUCGGCCAACUGGAAUCAGCCACCUUCUGACGAAACUUUAUACAAGAGACGGCGUGCUAUGGAGAUUCCAACCACCAUUCAGUGCGAUCAGUGUUUAAAAUGGCGGACCCUUCCCUACCGAGUGGACGACGUUGGUAAGGAAUAUCCGGACAGUUGGACGUGUUCCAUGAGCCCUGAUCAUAUCCAGAAUCGAUGUAAUGCUCCAGAGCAGAAACCAAAUGUACCGAUAGGCACACUGCGAAAGGAUGUGAAAUCGCAUGAGGAGAAAAUACAGGCCCAGGAAAAGAAGCUGGAAGCAUUGAAGAAAAACAUUCCUGUCCGCUCCCAGGCUGACUUAAAGAGACUUCCACUAGACAUCAGCCGCAGUCCAUCAGAGGAGAGUCGCGCUUCUUCGAGUAGCCAGCGGCCACGAUCACCACCACUGGCUGAUAUCAUCAAAAAUGCCCCAAGCCAUCCACCUUCAGUAAAGUCCCAAGCUUCAAUACGAGCGUCUAGAUCUGCAAGCAAAGCUGUGGCUACUCACACCAAUGUUACUGUUAAGAAAGCAGUCACCAAUGCAGGAAGAUCACAGCAACAACUGACAGCAUCUGCAAAACAAACCCCUAUAUCUCCAAGGAACGGAGCGCAGCCAUCUACUUCUGUCAGGAAUGUUUCCCCUAUCUCUGUUAAGAGCCAACAGGUGAAAGGAACAAAGACCUUGGGACACAAAAAGGAGACACUGAGUAGGACUAUGCAGUCUGUGGGAACAAGAAAAAGGAAUACAGUGAUAGAAAGUAGUGAGGAGGAGGAGGAGGAGGAGAAGGAUGAGGACGAGGAAGAAGAAAAAGAACAGGAAGAAAGGAAGACAAAGACAAUACCCAAAGUUUCUGAAUCAAAGCGUUUGAAGAAAGAUGUGACAGAUGUUGUGGAGAUUUCGGAUAGUGGAGGAGAGGUGGAUGAAGAGGAGCAGGCUAACGCUCUGAAAGACCGGGGACUUCUAGUAGAAGUAAAGGUGAAUAAGGAAUGGUACACGGGACGAGUCACUGCUGUAGCAGCAAGCAAAAAGUCAGUGCGAUGGAAAGUCAAGUUUGACUAUGUCCCAACUGCAUCUACUCCUAGAGACCGAUGGGUGGAGAAAGGAUGUAUGGAUGUGAGGCUGAUGAAGCCACCGUCUCCUGAGUACCAGACACCUGACACACUGGGUGGAGAGGAAGACAUAUCGCUGGAAACAGGGUCAAUUUCGGACAGUACCAGGAUGGAGCCAGACACUACACAACCAACCACUAGCAAAGAGACAGUGGAAGCACUUGUGCUCAGCUUCAGAAAUACUUUGCGGUACUUUCUGCCGCCAAAUUACAGGAUAACAAAGGAGGAGCUGAGUUCCAUGACGCCAGAAGAACUCGCUUCAUUCCCUCUGAAAGAUUAUUUUGAACAAUAUGAAGAGGGUCUGAAGAAUCUCUGCACUGCCUACCAGACCCGUGCUGAAGAGCGGGUCCGAACAACCGAGAAAAAGUUGCAACAGAAUGACGCAGAGCUGAUGGAUGCACAGGAAAAGUUGUGCAAACUGAGAAAUAAUAUAGUGGAGCUUCUGCGGAAAGUACAAGAGGAUAUUGAAAUUAGCACAGAUGACGAGCUUGAUGCCUAUAUUGAAGAACUAAUUACAAAAGUGGACUGAAGUACCCACCCCACUCCUCCCCGACAUACACCUGUUACAAUGUGUAUUGGAAUCGUUUGGUACACUGCAGCACGGUGGACUAAGUGUAGGCAGUGUUUUAGAUAAUUGUUACUUCAUUUUGAGGUUUUACCUUUAACGUUUUACACCUUGAUCAACAAGCCUGUAAUUUUGUAUUAUAUUUAUUAAAAAUACAGUUGUACC